AAUCGAUUUUAACAGUCGAGAUUUGAUUAUACCUCGGUCGAUAAAAGAGGCGAAGAACAGGUGACGACAUCGUUGUCAUACUCGUGAUUUCAUAACACGCCAUUUUCUUUGUGUGAAGUACUGGCUGAAAGGAAUUUCACCCUCUGUUUUCUAUCUAAUUCAAGUUUACAAUGACUUCUCAUAAGAAACUAUUACUUAAGGUUAUUAUCCUUGGAGAUUCAGGAGUUGGUAAAACUUCCCUUAUGAAUCAGUAUGUAAGCAAGAAAUUUAGCAAUCAAUAUAAAGCUACCAUAGGUGCAGAUUUUCUUACCAAAGAAGUAAUGGUAGAUGAUAGGAUAGUUACUAUGCAGAUUUGGGAUACAGCUGGCCAAGAAAGGUUUCAAUCUUUAGGUGUUGCUUUCUACAGAGGUGCUGAUUGUUGUGUACUUGUAUUUGAUGUUUCUGCACCAACUAGCUUCAAAUCUUUAGAUUCCUGGAGGGAUGAAUUCUUGAUCCAAGCUUCUCCUCGAGAUCCAGAUAAUUUUCCAUUUGUUGUACUUGGGAAUAAAGUUGAUUUGGAAUCCAAAGUGGUAUGUGGUAAAAAAGCACAACAAUGGUGUCAAUCCAAAAAUAAUAUUCCAUAUUUUGAAACUAGUGCUAAAGAGGCCAUUAAUGUUGAACAAGCCUUCCAAACGAUAGCAAAAAAUGCUUUAGCUCAAGAAAGUGAAGUGGAAUUAUAUAAUGAAUUCCCAGACCAAAUUAAACUAACCAAUGACCAAAGAAUCAGUGGCAAGGGUGAUUCUUGUCCUUGCUAGGUCUUGGAGUGGUGAAAAUUGUGGACAAGUACAUAGAUGCACAGGUCAGAUCGUACAUUCGCGUACCUGCGCAUUUUGAAAAAUACUACAUCGAGUUUGAUGUGUUUUGGAAGUCUUAAGUAUGCACCUUGGUUUCCUUUAUUCAGAUUUUAUUCAAAGUUUUGAACCAUAUUUACAGAGUUAAAAUUUUGUUGUUGGAAUUACGUGAAAUAUUGAGAAAAAAUAAAUAUAUAUGUAUAUAUAAGGAAGUUUAUAAGCAAUGCAUUCUAAACAAUAAAAUUAGAAAAAUUUUGUACCAAGGAGCAUUCAUUUGGCUUCAUUACAUAAAAGACUAUGUUGUAUUUUAUAUUGUGUGUUUGUGUUGAUAAUUGACACGUCCAGCAAUAUCUUCAACACAAUAUUUUCGAAAAUUGUAAUGCUCUCUUAUUGGGUAUGGCGAAGAGUAUGAGCUGCCCUUUUUAUUUGCAUCUUUACAGCUCAUUGUCAAUGUCCUUUAUUAUGUAAUAUUACGAUGAUUUCGAAUCACCUAAAUAUAACUGUCAUAUCGGGAGGAAAAAUCACAGGUCGGGAACAUACUUAGCAUAACAAUUAGAUUAUCCAAAGUUUGCUCAUGAUUCAUUAAAACAAUCGCAUUUAUUAAACAGUUUUCUGAAAAGAUUUGUAGGUAUAUUCUUUCGAUUAUUUACCAAAUUGUCAAGUUAAGUGAAAUUUUUGUAUUGGUCAACAUGUUUGUACGUUAUAAAAACUUAUACUAUGUUUAAUUUUAUGAGAUAGGACUUUUAUUGAAUUCUUGCGAUUAUUUAACUACCUCUGACAUUUUUAAUUAUGUAAAGCUUGCUAAUUGUUAUGUUAAUGAGAUAUUCUACUCUUUCAGGUACAAAACAUACGUUGUUUGCAUAAGUUGGAAUAACUGUGAAUUUGUUUUAUGAUGUAAUAACAUCACAAUGUAACUGCGAUGAUAUUUCACAAUUGUCUCAAUUUCAAAAGGCUAGUGCGUUUUCGAGGAAAAAAUUCCCUUUUUAAAAACAACUCAAUAAUAGUUUGAUAAUUCGUUAUUUGGUACUCUCGAUGCGCUCGUAAUUACUUGCAUACUAGUAUUUUUAUGUAUCUUUAAAUUCCUCCCUAGAGUGGAAGUCUUGAACCGCGAU